GAUAACAAGUGUAGAUGCAAUGAAGCGAUCCAGAUAAAAUCAGUAUCAACACCCCUCCUGAUAACACACAGAUCCUCCCACAUGUAUUGUGAAAUAUGACUCGCCAAAUUAUAUUUCUGAUUAUCUGUGUUCUAACGGUUUUGCAUCACGUACUUUCCCGCCGAGGAUGUUGCGGCCCGCAACAAUGGACUGGAGUUGCUAUCCAGAAGCUUGGGCGAUACGAUCAUGACGUGGAUGUUGCGUCACUUGCCGACGUUACUACUCACGUUGCGUACAGUUAUGAUGACAGAAAAGUUUCUCUUCAACAGGAAGUUUACAACAUGACGGUGAAAAGCAAGAAUAAAGUACAUGUGAUUUACGAGUUCAAAGAAGGAAUCGAAUAUAUUAUAACGAAUGACAAUUACUGUAUUUCAUACUCUAUCGGCGGAGAAAUGUGGUCAGGCUGUGUUCCAGACAACGCUAUCCAUCUCGGGACAUACAAUAUAUCCGGUCCCACGGUUGACAUCUACAGAGUUGUAUCCCCUAGUGGCGCCACUAUACGAUUUAGUGUUAGCAGCCAACUUUGUUACCCAGCAACAGAGAGUUUAUUGACCCAAGGUCCAGUGUAUGAUCUAAAAGUCAGUGUAUAUGAAAACGUAACCAAAGGAAUCAGCGACCCUUCUGUGUUCAAGGUCCCCGUAUUCUGUCACCAUAGUCAGAUAAAGAAGAAAUACAUCUCGUCGACUAUCACUGAAUUGAUUCAUAGUUCCUUUUCCUGGGGAUGAUGGAAAGCUUCUUUAGAUGCUGUCAUGUGUUGUUAAUCAAUUUUCUUAUAUCGUGACAUUCAUAAUUUUUUUUGGUAAAACUGUUUUCAGUUUUGCCACUUCCUCCUUAUCUAUUUGUAUAUAUAAAAAAAAUAAACAUAAAAUCAUUAUAUCACGUA